AUGCGCAGAGUCAUCUCCUGGAUGGAAGAGCAUGGGCUAUCCUUAGCAGCCCACAAAAGAGAGAUCGUGCUACUAACGCAGACGGGCAUCAACACCUUGCACAAUUUCACAGUAGGAGACGCGACGGUCCAGGCAAAGCCGUCUGUCAGGUACAUUGGAGUAAUGCUCGAUUACAAACUGAAUUACGGAGAGCAUAUAAUAAGGGCGGCUGACAAGGCGGCAAAAGUUGUAGCCACGCUGGGCACACUUAUGGCCAAUGUCAACGGCCCCCGGCCGUGCAUUAGGCGAAUACGGAUGCGUGCCGUCGAAGCAGUGAUACUAUCCGCAGUACAGAGGAAGGGCGCUCUCCGAAUCGCUUGCUCCUACUGCACGGUCUCUGAGCCCGCGGUGCUAGUGGUCGCGGGAGUAUUCCCGAUAGAUCUACUAGCCCAGGAGAGACAUUUCUCCACCAGCAAAGGUCCGCUUUGGGUAAGGAGGAGGUAUCAUGGCUCUCCAGGUCUACCAGCAUCGAGACCUGGCAAAGAAAAUGGGAACGGGAGUCUAGGGGCAGGUGGACGGUCCGACUCGUCUGUCGGCUGGACACCUGCUAAAUCGGUAGGCGGGGGAGGUCGACAUCUUCCCACCCAAUUAUUGAUAGGGCAUAGUCUGUUCUGCACCUACCCUGCAAAAAUGAGGAAGGUUUCUGACGGCAAAUGUCCCUAUGGCGACUCAACCUUCGACGACGCCCACCACAGGUUCUUCAUUUGUGCACGGUGGAACAUCGAACUAUUUGCCUUGUAG